GUUCUAUCUCAAGCUCAAAACAGCUUGUGAACGCAAAACAGAAUCCGGCUCAAGACACUGCCAAGCUGCGGCGGGAAGUUACUCGGAGACGAGUCUCCGCCCAGGAACCGGCGCAGGCCUCUGCCGCAGGGAGGAAAGGGGUUGACCUUGGGCGUGGCCGAGACCAGCCGGCUCCGGUCCGGUGAAGGAAACCGGAGACCGCUAGGCCUAAGAAGACGCAGGCCCCGCUGGAGCCGAACCCCGCGCGCCCAGCAGUCGCCGUGGCCCGGUGCCUGGCACACACCUGCUCACAGUGGCCUCAGAAGUUGCUCUUUGAGAGAUGAUGGAGUAGGAGUGGACAGUGAACUUACUUCUCAGGACUAAAUCCACCACCGGGGCAUUCGUUAAGCACUCUGUCACUGAAUAAUUGUUUCAUGUGACUCUGCGGAUAUCACAAUGAGAAGUCAAGGAGGCGUCACCCUGCUCAGGCUCCUGCUCAUCCUGGCGGCUCUCUGCUGCACAGGUUUCGGCCUGACUUGCUAUGAGUGUCCUUCCCACAAUCGUAACUGCACUGUUUCCGUAGUGUGUGCACCGGAUAUCAAUGCAUGCCUCUAUGCUGUCGCUGGCCAACGAGAAUAUCGCCAGUGUUGGAGGUAUGCUGACUGCAGCUCACAAACCAUUAUGACCAGAUUACAGGAGAACCAGGUAUUGUACAGAUGUUGCCAGAAGGAUCUGUGUAACACGGGACUCCAGGAACGCGAUGGAGCAGCUGCCUUGUCAGGGAAGACGGUACUGCUGGUGACCACCUUUCUGGCCGCAGUCUGGAACCUUUGCUUCUAAGUCAGCUUCAGGAAGGAUGCCCUCAAGUUCUGCCCUUAUUUUUCCAUUUCCUUGCUGCUGUUCUCCAAAGCCUUUAUUGUUGUCUGAUGGAAACCUGUUGUGCAGGAAUAAAAUAAUGGAUGAGAGAUGAGAAGCCCAGUGCUAUGCACAGAGAGGGCCCUUGAGGGAGAAGCUGGAGGGAGAAGUGUGUGUGUCCAGUAGGUUACAUACAUUUUCCUCUGCUCUUUGGAGGGACCAUUUUGCAGUGACAGCUUAAGUGGGUUCUUGGCAACCUGCAGGUAUUUCCCUCUGGUUCCUUGGGUGGAGUAAACUGGUAUGAUCAGUACUUGGGUGAGGGAGGUGCCGACAGAUUGUUUUUCAGUAUUCUCUGUCCCAUGGAACACUUUCAUUAAUGUCCUGGCUUAUGCUUUUGUGUAGGCACACUCAGUGCUGUGGAUGGGGCCCGUCAGGAGAAAUCUCUGGGUUUUUUUGUUUUGUUUUUUUGCAGUGCUGUGGGUGGAAGCUAGAGCUCAUGUAUGGCAGACGAUCGCUCUACCAUUGAGCCACACCCCAGGCUGGACAGUGAAGUUCUUACUGCAGAGGGAUUGGGAUCACUGUUCUGUCUCAGUUAGAGGAUUUGUAUAGGGAAGGGUAGGCUUUCCUGACGGCAGGGCACAGACACUUGAGGUCUGGAAGGAAGGAUAGAAGAAAGGAAGGAAGGAAGGAAAGGGCUUUGCUGUCUUUCAAUGUAAAUUUUGAUUCCCUAAAAUAAUAGUGUGUUAAAGCUAUCUGAUUGUUUUUGCUGGAAAUGCGGUAUUACCUUGAUAGCUUGAUUUCAUCACACAUAAAGAACAUUCUGUGCCACAGGACAAAAAAGUAUUGUGCUUGCUUUUAACGUGACCCUACGUGCAUGUGCGCAUAGAAUGCAUGUAGUGGGAACAGCCUUUGGGGCUGCCAUUUAGACUGUCGGAUAUCAUCAUUAAUAGCGACAGAUCGCACGCAUAUUUAACUUGUCUGCAUUCAGCUUGCUGGCUUUUGGCUGACUCAG